AUGGAACAACGUAAUAUUGAACAGCGGUACGCGAUUAAAUUUUGCGUUAAACUCGGUGAUUCCGUUAUGAAAACGUACGGUAAAUUGGUGAAAGUGUUCGGUGAUGAAGCCCUAAGUCGUGCUCAGGUGUUUCGAUGGCAUAAAAAUUUUAAAAAUGGUCGUGAAAGCGUCGGGGAUGAACCGCGAAGUGGGAGACCGGUUGAAUCUCGAACUGACAACAAUGUUCAGCAUGUGCGCACUCUCGUGCGUCAAGAUCGGCGUUUAACCGUUCGAAUAUUGGCUGAUGAACUUAAUUUGAAACGAGAAACCGUUAGAAAAAUUUUAACUGAUGAUUUGUCCAUGAAAAAACUGUGUGCCAAGAUGGUACCGAAGAACCUUUCGGCGGAGCAAAAACACGUGCGAAUGUCCAUCGUACAUCUACACCUGCAUAUAAUUCAUGUGCUCAUCUUACACAUUUAA